AUGAACAUUAACAUGUUUCAGGCUGGGGACAAUGUCCUUCAUGCCAAGAAAGAACAAUGGGCUGUUGAGCCUCGCCCUGUGGAAGAGUUGCCUCUUCCUGCAAACUUCUUCUGGGGAGCAGCUACUGCUGCGUACCAGAUUGAGGGCGGUGCUUCCCAGGAUGGUAAGGGCAAGUCUAUCUGGGAUACUUUCAGUCAUCUUGAGCCCUCACGGACUAAUGGUGAGAAUGCCGAUGUGGCAUGCGAUCACUAUAAUCGUAUGCUAGAAGAUUUGGACUUGAUGGCCUCGUACGAUGUCGAUGUCUAUCGGUUUUCCAUUGCCUGGUCUCGUGUCAUCCCACUUGGUGGCCGCAACGACCCAAUAAACGAAAAGGGCAUUGCAUUCUACAACAGGCUCAUUGAUGGCCUUUUGGCCAGAAAUAUCAAGCCAAUCGUUACCCUAUAUCAUUGGGACGUCCCACAGGAGCUCUAUGAUCGUUAUGGCGCCUUUUUGAACACGGUUGAGUUCAAAGCCGACUUUGAGAACUUUGCCAAACUUUGCUUCUCUAGCUUUGGAGAUCGUGUUAAGAAUUGGGUUACCUUCAAUGAGCCGUACAUUAUUUCCAUCUUCGGUCAUCAUAGCGGCGUCCUUGCUCCUGGCCACAGUGCUGCCACUGGAUAUGACUCGCGAACAGAGCCAUGGCGCGUCGGUCAUACCAUCAUUCUUUCCCACGCUGCCGUUGUGGAUCUAUACGCGAGAGAGUUCCGACCUUCUCAGAACGGGAUUAUCUCAAUCGUCCUGAAUGGUCAUUUCUACGAGCCAUGGGACGCAGCAAGUGAGGAGCACAAAGCGGCAGCACAACGAAGACUGGAAUUCUACAUUGGCUGGUUCGCGGACCCCAUCUUCUUGGGACAGAAUUACCCCGCUCAAAUGCGCGCCCAGUUGGGGUAUCGGCUACCUGAGUUCACUACUGAGGAGAUGAGCCUUCUCCGAAAGACUGCCCCAUUCAAUGCCUUCUACGGAAUGAAUCACUACUCCACCAAGUUUGCCCGUGCUCUUCCGGACCCACCGGCCGAGGAUGACUGUACCGGAAACGUGGAGGAGCUAGCCGUCAACAAAGAAGGGGAAUAUCUGGGGCCUGUCUCUGGCAUGUCCUGGCUUCGUGUUGCACCUGACGGAUUUCGAAAGCUCAUGAAUUGGGUCUGGGAUCGAUACCACUUGCCAAUCAUCAUCACCGAAAAUGGCUGUCCCUGUCCAGGAGAAAGUCAAAUGACACUCGAUCAAGCGGUAAACGACACCUUCCGAGUUCGUUACUUCGGAUUGUAUCUGGAUGCUAUCUCUCGGGCCAUUUAUGAAGAUGGCAUCGACGUUCAGGGGUACUGUGCGUGGAGUCUUAUGGACAAUUUUGAAUGGUCUGCUGGUUACGGCCCCCGCUACGGUAUCACACAUGUGAGUUACGAGACGCUUGUGAGAACUCCUAAGAAAUCCGCAUUUUACUUGGAGCAAUCUUUCAAAGCACGCCGUAGUGGAUUUUGA